AUGGAGGUUGUAAGGGCAAACGGCGACCUCUUCGCAUGGACACCGUCAGACAUGCCGGGACUGGAUUUCGAGGUCAUGUCCCACCGACUAGCCGUAAAACCUGAUGCCAAACCAGUAUCCCAGCAGCGAAGAAAGAUGUCUCAAGAAAGGGCCGAUGAAGUCACCAGACAAACAGCAGGGUUACUAGAAGCAGGAUUCAUCAAAGAACUCGAGUAUUCAACAUGGCUGUCCAAUGUCGUCCUAGUCAAAAAGCCAACGGAAGGUGGAGAAUGGUCCACCUAUCAAAGGCUAAUGAGCAAGGUCUUCCAUGACCUCAUCGGCAAGUCAGUAGAAGUAUACGUUGAUGACAUCCUUGUGAAAACAGCAGAACCGAACAAGCUAAUAGACGACCUUCAGGAUGUCUUCAAAGCACUAAGAAAAUUCAAAAUGAGGCUCAACCCACUCAAGUGCGCAUUCGCCAUGGAAGCAAGGAAAUUCUUAGGGUUCAUGAUAACACAAAGAGGGGUAGAGGCCAACCCAGACAAAUGCGAAGCCGUCCUCAAAAUGACAAGCCCUGGGUGCGUCAAAGACGUGCAACAACUCACUGGGAAACUCACGGCUCUAUCCCAGUUCCUCGGUGCCUCGGCAGAAAGGGUCAUCCCAUUCUUCAACCUAAUGAAGAAAGGGAUCACCUUCGAGUGGACCCCGGCGUGCGAAGAAGCAUUCAGCCGCUUCAAAAAGAUACUCUCUAAACCUCCCAUACUCAGCAAGCCUAGAGAAGGGGAGCCCCUGUACUUAUACCUAGCUAUAACCACACAAGCAAUGGCGGCAGUCCUUGUCCGAGAAGAAGACAAGACUCAAUGCCCAAUAUACUUCAUCAGCAAAGUACUCCAAGGCACAGAGUUGAAGUACACCAAGUUGGAAAAAUUGGCCUACGCCCUACUGACCUCAUCCAGAAGACUAAAGCAGUACUUCCAAGGGCACGUGAUCAUCCUGAGAACCAACCAAGCCAUUCGGCAAGUCCUCCAGAAACCCAACCUCGCGGGAAGAAUGAUGGCAUGGGCAAUAGAGCUGUCCAAAUAUGAUUUGCAAUACGAACCCAGGCAGGCAAUCAAAGCCCAAGCCAUGGCGGAUUUCCUGGUAGAGGUCACGGGGGAGGCUCCUGAUGUACCGAACACACGGUGGAAGCUCCACGUCGACGGAGCAUCCAACCAAAUGUUCGGAGGGGCCGGGAUCAUUCUCGAAAACUCGGCAGGAGUAGCCUAUGAACAAUCAAUCAAGUUCGACUUCCUAGUCUCCAACAACCAGGCAGAGUUUGAGGCCCUGAUAGGAGGGUUAAUAUUAGCCAAAGAGGUCGGAGCAUCAAGGGUGGAAAUAAACAGCGACUCCCAGAUCGUCACUUCUCAGAUAAAUGGCAGCUACCAAGCCAGGGACGCACUACUACAAAAAUACCUAGAAAAGGUAAAGGAGCUAUGCAAAAGCUUCGAGGAAGUCACAAUUCAGCACGUCUCUAGAGAAAGAAACGCCCGAGCCGACCUCCUUUCUAAACUAGCAAGCACCAAACCCGGGACAGAAAAUAGAUCCUUAAUCCAAGGACUGGCAACCGAACCAGCAAUCAUCUUAUGCGCAAGCCAAAAUCCAAACUCUCCCUCAUGGAUAGACCCUAUCUUCCGAUAUAUGGAGCAUGGAGAAACAUCCCUAGACGAGAAGGAGGCACAGGCCACCAAGAGGGAAGCUCCCAAAUACGUGAUCAUACAGGGGCAAUUAUACAGGCAAGGACUCCACCAAUCCCUACUCAAAUGCCUACGCCCCGACCAGACGGACUACGUCCUAAGCGAAGUCCACGAGGAGUGCUGUGGCCAUCAUAUUGGGGGAAGGUCGCUAGCAAGAAAAAUCAUCCGAGCAGGAUAUUACUGGCCCACAAUGAUGACGGAUGCCCAGGAGUUCGUCAGAAAAUGCAAAAAAUGCCAGGAAAAUGCCAACUUCCACAAAGCACCACCCGAAGAACUCAACCUGAUGAUGGUCCCCCGACCUUUCGCCCAAUGGGGAGUCGACCUCUUGGGACCGUUCCCACCUGGGCCUGGGCAAGUGAAAUACUUGAUAGUAGCCAUAGACUACUACACUAAAUGGGACCACCCCCAAUCAUCCACCGGCGAAACCCCCUUUCGACUCACAUACGGGGUCGACGCAGUCAUCCCAGUCGAAGUCGGGGAACGGAGUCCAAGAUUACUCCUCAGAGGAGGAAACGAAGCAAUCAAAAAAGAUCUGGUCGAUGAGACAAGGCAAAUGGCGCAUCUAACAGAAACAGCAAUAAAGCAAAGGAUAGCCCUAAGGUACAACGACAAGGUGCUAAAAAGAAACCUAGGAGAAGGUGACUUGGUCUUACAAUGCAAUGACAUAGGGAUGCCAACCCUAGGAGAAGGCAAGCUGGCUGCAAAUUGGGAAGGCCCUUACAGGGUGAGAGAGGUUCUCGGCAAAGGAGGCUACAAGUUGGAGAAGUUAGAUGGAAGCGAGGUACCGAGAACAUGGAACAUGGAAAAUCUAAGGAGGUUCUACUCAUAA